AUGGUUGUCACCAGAAGUAAACUACACAAGACGGACCAUUCACAUGACAAUGGCAACCUAAACAAUCCUGAAGAUGUGUCAUCAGAAAAUAUUCUUGGGUAUGACGAUACUUACUCACAUCCACAUAUCGAUAAACCCAAAAAUAAAAAGAUAACAUUCGAUGAAGAUGGAGAGAGUAUACAAAACGGAAAGUCGGAGCAAAUAGAUGCUCAGGAUGACCUUGGUGAGAUAGAGGAGGAUCUGGAGGAGGUAGGUGAGCUGGAAGAUGAUGAUUCAGACGAAGCCCCAGAAGAAGAAUCAACCAAUGCCGCCAAGGAGCAACUCAUUGCAAAACAAAAGCAAGAACAACAACGACAAUCAGAAUUGGCCAAGCAAGCCAAAGAGCGAAGAAAGUUGCAAAAUGAACGGUUCAAACAACAGCAAUUGGAGAAGAAGCAAAAGGAGUUGUCGAAACAACAAGCAAAAGUGCACGAGGAGUUGCCUGAAUUUUUACCAGACGAUAUUGAGUCAAUACUCAGUCGCCCACAAGCUCAAGCCACACUAGAUGCAAAGCCGAAACAUAUCCGACUUGACGACGUUGAUCUCCAUUUACUGAAAAAACAACAAAUCGAAAACAAGUUACGUGAGUUGAAAAAGAAUAAAAGCAGAGGUGUUCAAAAGGGUCCCGUUUAUGUCAAGACACAAACUUUUGGUGUAGCUGUCAAAGUCGUGCCUCGAGGUGAGAGCAAAAUCUUGAAGAAUAAACAUAAAUGGUUGCAUAGGAAGUCGAUUGACAGGAAAUGA